AUGUCCAACAUUGCGCCGUCCGUCUUGCGACAGGCAUCGCGCUUGGCCACGGCCGCCCCUCUUCGCAGCGCGCGUGUGCUGUCGCGGGCGACCACUGCGGCUGCUGUCAAGACUGCUUCUGCCUCCAGGAGCUAUGUGACCGAGACCAAGAGGAACAACGCCGACGUGCAGGCCGAGCAUGCUAUCAAGCUGGAUCACAGGGAGAUGGAGAAGCAGGGCCUCGCCAUCAGCGCGCAGGAUGGCUCGAGCCAACACGUCAGCCCCAUGGCUGAUGUCCUCAGCAAUGCUACCGUGAUGGACGAGGGACAGCGCCCCAUCUACCUGGACAUGCAGGCCACAACCCCCGUCGACCCCAGAGUGCUCGAUGCCAUGAUGCCCUUCUUCACCAACGUCUAUGGCAACCCCCACUCGAGGACACAUGCCUACGGCUGGGAGACAGACAAGGCCGUUGAGGAGGCCAGGAAACAUAUUGCUGAUCUGAUUGGCGCUGACCCCAAGGAAAUCAUCUUCACCAGCGGUGCCACCGAAUCCAACAAUAUGAGCAUCAAGGGUGUGGCCCGGUUCUUUGGCCGGUCCGGCAAGAAGAAGCACAUAAUCACCAGCCAGACAGAGCACAAGUGUGUCCUCGACAGCUGCAGGCAUCUUCAGGACGAGGGUUUCGAAGUGACCUAUCUCCCAGUGAAGAGCACCGGCCUGAUCGACAUGGCGGAGCUGGAGGCUGCCAUCCGCCCCGACACCGCCAUCGUCAGUAUCAUGGCUGUGAACAACGAGAUUGGUGUCAUCCAACCCCUCGAGGAAAUCGGCAAGCUCUGCCGGUCCAAGAAGAUCUUCUUCCACACCGACGCCGCCCAGGCUGUUGGCAAGAUCCCCCUUGACGUUAACGCCAUGAACAUUGACUUGAUGUCCAUCUCCUCUCACAAGAUCUAUGGCCCCAAGGGCAUCGGUGCAUGCUACGUCCGUCGUCGGCCAAGAGUCAGACUCGACCCCAUCAUCAGCGGUGGUGGUCAGGAGAGAGGUCUUCGCAGCGGCACGCUGGCUCCUCCGCUCGUUGUCGGCUUCGGAGAGGCGUGCCGCAUCGCCAAGGAAGAGAUGCCGUACGACUCCAAGCGUAUCAAGUACCUCUCCGACCGUCUUCUCCACGGUCUGCUCUCCAUGGAGCACACCAGCCAGAACGGUGACCCCAACCACUUCUACCCCGGCUGCGUGAACGUUUCUUUCGCCUACGUCGAGGGUGAGUCCCUCCUAAUGGCCCUGAAGGAUAUUGCUCUUUCUUCCGGCAGUGCUUGCACUUCGGCUUCUCUAGAGCCCAGUUACGUUCUCCGUGCUUUGGGCAACAGUGAUGAGAGCGCCCACUCCAGUAUCCGUUUCGGUAUCGGCCGGUUCACUACCGAGCAGGAGAUCGACUACGUGCUCAAGGCCGUGACGGAGCGUGUGGGCUUCCUCCGUGAGCUUUCCCCUCUGUGGGAGCUCGUCCAGGAGGGUAUCGACCUGAACACGAUUCAGUGGAGCCAGCACUAA